CGUGCAAAGGCGCAGAGAGGGACGGAAACCACAAAUAAAUAGCGGCGGCAGCAGCGCGUCAUCUGGUGGAGCAGGAAGUGCAGGCAGAGUCCGGAGGCUGGUGCUUUCUGCGCGUCCCCAGGACUUUGCCAUGGGCUGGGGGCCGAGGAGGCUGCGAACAGCCGGGCAAGGGCAGCGGCAGUGGCGCCCGCACCGGGGCUGAGCGAGCAGAGACGCGCGGGGCGCGGGGAGAUGGCAGCGUCCAGCAACUCUAGCCUGUCCGGCUCCUCGGUAUCCUCCGAUGCUGAAGAAUACCAGCCUCCAAUAUGGAAAUCAUACUUGUAUCAGUUACAGCAAGAGGCUCCUCGUCCCAAGAGGAUCAUUUGUCCUCGGGAGGUGGAAAACAGACCAAAAUAUUAUGGAAGAGAGUUUCAUGGAAUCAUCUCCCGGGAGCAGGCAGAUGAGCUCCUCGGAGGCGUGGAGGGUGCCUACAUCCUCCGAGAGAGCCAGCGGCAGCCAGGAUGCUACACGUUGGCUCUAAGGUUUGGAAACCAGACCUUAAACUACCGGCUCUUCCAUGAUGGGAAGCACUUUGUGGGUGAGAAGAGGUUCGAGUCCAUUCAUGACCUGGUGACGGAUGGCCUGAUAACGCUGUACAUAGAAACAAAAGCUGCCGAAUACAUUUCCAAGAUGACCACAAAUCCCAUCUACGAACACAUCGGGUACGCCACUCUACUUAGAGAAAAGGUGUCCAGAAGGCUGAGCAGGUCUAAAAAUGAAUCAAGAAAAACGAACGUAAUGAAUGAAGAGCACACACCAGUAGAAAAGAUCUCCUCCCUGGUUCGAAGGGCUGCCCUCACACACAACGACAACCACUUCAACUAUGAGAAGACACACAACUUCAAGGUCCACACAUUCCGAGGCCCACACUGGUGUGAAUACUGUGCAAAUUUCAUGUGGGGGCUCAUCGCCCAAGGAGUCCGGUGCUCAGACUGUGGAUUGAAUGUGCACAAGCAGUGUUCCAAGCAUGUGCCCAAUGACUGCCAACCUGAUCUCAAGAGGAUCAAGAAAGUGUACUGUUGUGACCUCACCACACUCGUAAAGGCUCACAACACACAGAGGCCCAUGGUGGUUGACAUAUGCAUUCGGGAAAUUGAAGCAAGAGGAUUAAAGUCAGAAGGCCUUUACAGAGUGUCUGGGUUCACUGAACACAUUGAAGAUGUCAAGAUGGCCUUUGACAGAGAUGGGGAAAAGGCAGACAUUUCUGCCAACAUCUAUCCAGACAUAAACAUCAUCACUGGAGCCCUGAAACUGUACUUCAGAGACUUACCCAUCCCUGUCAUCACGUAUGACACCUAUUCCAAAUUUAUAGAAGCAGCAAAAAUCUCCAAUGCGGACGAAAGGCUGGAAGCAGUCCAUGAAGUGCUGAUGCUACUGCCUCCCGCCCACUAUGAGACCCUGCGGUACCUAAUGAUCCACCUCAAAAAGGUUACUAUGAAUGAAAAAGACAAUUUCAUGAAUGCAGAAAAUCUGGGGAUCGUGUUUGGGCCCACCCUGAUGAGGCCCCCUGAGGACAGCACUCUCACCACCCUCCAUGACAUGCGGUACCAAAAGCUGAUUGUGCAAAUUUUAAUAGAAAACGAAGAUGUUUUGUUCUAAUCCAUCAGGGAGAUGAGCUGAAUGGCCCCAGCCCUAUCCAAGCUGAUAGAGCUAAAGAAAUAAACAUUUCUUACACUUGAUUUGCUUUUCAAACAAGUGACAGAGUUUCCUGGACCGCAGUGGAUCGCAGAGUCUAGUACUGUGUCUCAUAGACACGCCCUCCUCCACAUGAGAACAAGGGUGAGGGCGAGAAAAGCCCCUGGCCUUGGGUCUUUUGCCGUGCCUCGUAUGUAUGUCUGUUUUGCUGGAAGAGUGAUUAAUAAAUCUUUCUUUAACUUAUUAAAAAAAUGUAACUUUUAAGCUUCAGUCUUAUCAGUAAUAAAAGGGAACUUAAUUCAUAAAGGUACUUGAUACAGUUAUACAUUUUCCACUUACAAAAAAGAAGACAAUUCUAUAUGUUAAAUGUUAAAUGAAACCUAUAUUGUAAAAUGUAUUUUUAUUUUAGCUGCAAGAAUGUUAUUUUAUUUUAGCAAACAGAACUCAAUGCAGUGCAUUGAUUAUUACCCUGUGUUCCUUGUCCCAAGUUCUUGCUGUGAUACCCUGAAGAAGUUGACCACGAAUGCAGUAUUACCUUGACAUACCUCUGUCCUUAUCAAUGCUUUUCAGUGAAAUUUCACCUGCCACAUGUGUCCCUGCUUUUGAUAGUUUUUGCUCUUAAGCACUGGCAUUCUGCUAUCGUGUAGUGUAGGUUUAUAGCAAUUAUAGGAUGGCCUGAAGCAUCCCCAGAUUUUCUUCCCAUAAAAAAAAUUGUGAAUUCCCAAAGUAUGUUUUGAAAUUGGUCAUGGUCCUUUCAUAUUAUGUGUGUAUAUCCUCAAACAUGCAGAAUGCGGCUGUUUUACAUAAAACAAUUUGAGGACACAGGAUGUUAUCUGGGCCAUGUAAAAAGUUAGCCCUUGGCCUCUUUCCUCUUUGGCCAAGCUUUUAGAGCUCAUACCUUAAUGAAAAGUUGAAAUUUUUUGUCACAUUUCGGUAUUGAUGCAUAGUGAACCUGCAGAAUAACUGUCAAUUAUUUGUAUUUUUGUUUUAUAAACAAAACUAUUUUUAAAGUAAGAAUGAAUAGGUUGAUUUUUGCCAGCUAUAUCUUCCUCCUUGAGAAAAGUAGCCCUGUUUGGAAAAAUUUCAUAUGAUUUUAUUUCUGUAGUUCCAUCCUAUUGGCUAUAUGGAUCUUUAGCAUGAGCCUUUCCCACCAAGAUUUCUAUAUUUUGUAACAUAGGUGAAAUAUUUAAAACAUCAAAAACUGUAAAUCUAGAUUUGUUUUUUAAAUCCAACUGCCAUGUCUUUCCCUCUGAUUGUCUGAGGUGAUUCAUGUAAUUAUUCACAAGUCUCGUUUUGGAGUGGCCAGAAGAGAAUCACUGUGUGUUAUGUGGCGUGAAAGGAGGAGCAGAGUGUGUUGUCCUGGGGAGUCCUCGGGGCCCUGCAGAUGGACAGAUGGACUCUAUUUGCACCUAGGGGUCAAUAUAGCUUGGCCUGGUCCCUGCUAUUGGCGUUCCUCUCAACUGUACAGAUUUGUUUGUUGUAGCUUAUGUACUUCUUGAUACUGUCAAAAAAUUAUCUGGAAAUGGUUUUAUUUUGUGAAGUGAACAAUACUUUGUAAUUUAUGAUAGUGUAAAUGGAAGGACAAAGCAUUACAUGUAUUAAAUUCUUCUGUCUAUCAUUCUGG